ACUUUCAAACCUGCCGGCCGGUACAAUAUGGCGGGCUUAACGUUGAUAAAUCGAGCGGUAGAAAUGAACACCCCGAAAUGAACACUGUUCCCAUGGAAACGGUGAGAGCACAGCGCUUCACUCUCGUCGGCACGCACACAAACAGUCGAUUCCUCUCUCUGUCUCUCACCGUGUCUUGGGAAUGAAACGAGAAGAUGCUUAGCAAACCCCGCCCACUUUAUUCACCAGGCACAGGCGGCUAGCAUGCGAGCACUAUGCAACCGAGUGGACAGAUGAGUGAAUUACAACCAAACCCGAGCGGUGUGCCCUCUCGUUAAGUUUUUCGCCAUUUUCCAACCGUUAAAAUUGCCAAAAAAGUUGGGAAAAUUCAACUUAUUACGGUUGCAAAUGAGUGAUUGCAGUAAAUUAAAGACUGUAGCUGCAAAUUCAGCUCAUUUGCGGCCCUGUGCAGCCUCAUUAAAAGGCCAGUUUUUGUGAAUGAAAUCGAUCGCUGUUCGAGGACCGUUCCCAGCUCAGGUAGGGCCACACAUCUGCGCAUAAGAGUUUCAUUUUCGGCUGCCGGUACCUCAGUAUGCAAUUUUGCCUCGAUCGGUGCGGUCCCUCGGCAUUCGGUGAGUGCGCUCCGCCGUGUGCAGGUAUUGGAUGAAUUUCGAGUGUCCCCGCGCGCACUGUGGUACCCGGUUUGUGGCACACACCGCUAGAACCCCUCGAGGGCACUACGGCCGUCCCGUUCGCACCAACGCGCGUAGCCAUAGGAAGCAGUGGCAGCAGCAUAGGCCAGCAUCACCAUCCCUGUGCGGGCACGAUCGUGAUUGAUGUUUGCGCUCGCCCCGGACGGAGGAGGACGGACUUUCUUUUUUUUCUAUCUAUCAGCCCCGAGAGCAUCGGGUUCGCCGGAGGUACUUCGGUGCGCGUUCGAGCAGCAAGUUUAGCUCGUGGCAGUUAGCAUCCUUGCGUUUAUGGUGCAGGACCGGCCUGAAGAGCCUUGCGUGACCAUCGGAUACAUACAUAUGCGAAGCGUGUGUGCGUGUGCAUUGUACGUAUGGGCAUUUGUAGUUUUACCGUACGAGCUUGCGUGCCAGCAGUAGUGUUUCGGUCUCGAUUGUUUGCACGUGCAUGUUGUUUUUGUGUUGUUGUUGUGUGCGGUGACUGUUAGUGAGCAUUAAUGGUGUAGCGCAAGUGAUAAUGAGCAGAUUUACUACCGCCGAUCGUGACCAUUGUUUGCACGUGCGGAUGAGGAUGAUCAUGUUGUUGAUGAUGGUGUCAUGCUAGCUGCAGCAAUCAAAGCAAUAAACCGCGUGGAAUUGUGGCAUUAUUUUUGGUUUUGCUUGCAUGAAACGAAAUUACGUUUUAAAAAGGAAGUUUAGAUAAACGCCUCAAUAAAAGGUGGAAUUUUGGAAGUGAAUUUUAACAGCUUAUUUCGUCUCCGUUGAGGCCCGUGUGUGAGUGCGUGUGAGCGAGUGUGUGUUUUGCUGUUUGUGAAGCAAGUGUACUCGGGAGCGUAUCAGUAACACGUUCUAGCCUCUAAAAAAAACUCCCAAAACCCGAAACAGAGUGCUUUUAUUUUUUGGUGAAUUGAAUCAUGAAUCUAGUGACGGUGUUUAUGGUGUGCCUGAUGGCCAUCAGUGCCUGGGCGGAGGUGGAAAGCAAAUCAAAGCCCGGCCGUGGCCGAGGAUCGAUGUGGUGGGGCAUCGCAAAGGCGGGCGAACCGAACAACAUCUCACCGCUCGCACCGGGCAUGGCCUAUCUCGAUCCGGCCAUCCAUGCGACGCUGCGGCGCAAGCAGCGCCGGCUGGCGCGCGAAAACCCGGGCGUACUGGCCGCCAUCGCCAAGGGCGCCAAUCUGGCCAUCAACGAGUGUCAGCAUCAGUUCCGGACGCGGCGCUGGAACUGCUCGACGCGCAACUUCCUGCGCGGCAAGAACCUUUUCGGCAAGAUCGUUGAACGAGGUUGUCGUGAAACGGCAUUUAUCUACGCGAUCACCAGCGCGGCGGUAACGCACAGUGUGGCGCGGGCGUGCAGCGAAGGUUCGAUCGAGUCGUGCACUUGCGAUUACUCGCACCACAACCGCGAACCGCAGAUGAACAACAUGGGCGUGGUGGCGGGCGUCGGCGACUGGGAGUGGGGCGGCUGCAGUGACAACAUCGGCUUCGGCUUCAAGUUUUCCCGCGACUUUGUCGACACCGGCGAGCGGGGCCGCACGCUGCGCGAAAAGAUGAACCUGCACAACAACGAGGCUGGCCGUGCGCAUGUACAGGCGGAGAUGCGACAGGAGUGUAAGUGCCACGGUAUGUCCGGCUCGUGCACGAUGAAAACGUGCUGGAUGCGGCUGAACAGCUUCCGUACGAUCGGAGACAUCCUGAAGGAUCGGUUCGACGGUGCGUCCCGGGUGAUGGUCAGCAACAGCUUGCGGAGCACGAGCGUGAACGAGAACACGCUGACGAAUCGCGCCGGCUCGGCUAACCUCAAGACGAACGCGAACAGUGUCGGUGGGUCGGCGAGCCCCAACAGUGUACUGAGCAACUCGAUCCAUGCUCGUGGCCAUCAGCAAAAGCGUGUCAAUCGGUAUAACUUCCAGCUGAAACCGUACAACCCGGAACACAAACCACCGGGCUCGAAGGAUCUGGUCUAUCUGGAACCGUCGCCCGGCUUCUGCGAGCGCAAUCCCCGGCUCGGCAUCCAGGGUACGCACGGUCGCCAGUGUAACGACACCUCGAUCGGCGUGGACGGCUGCGACCUGAUGUGCUGUGGACGGGGGUACCGGACGCAGGAAGUCACCGUGGUGGAGCGCUGCUCCUGCACCUUCCAUUGGUGCUGCGAGGUAAAGUGUAAGCUCUGCCGAGCGAAAAAAAUCAUCCACACGUGUCUGUAAAAAAAAAAACGAAAAAGGUGGACGAAUUUCCCAAGCUCCCGAAAUGUGUGUGUCCUUCAAUGCUCCCGGUGGGUGAAUCAUCUGUCGCCUGUUGCUCGUACCAUCGCGUCUCUGCUUUCGGGGCAACGUGUUUCCUUAUCUUAAAUAUUCGACUUUUGUUUUAAAACGUAUAAUGGAUCGGGACGGCGACGUACACGGUUUGGCCGUUCAGCGACGUGAGAGAAUGGAAUGCUGUGCCCAGGCCAGUGCCAGUGCGGUGGGAUUAAUAAUCUCGUACAUGGGGUGCGCGGGCCGAGGCGCGGUGGAUUUAUCGUGCUGGAAGCGCUGCACGGAAGGAGAGAACGAAAGAUAGCAGGCAACGAACCCCGCGUUUCGCUUUCGAUAAAAUCCAUCGAGUGUUGAGGCCAAGAAGGGGUUUGGGAUUUAUCUCGCUCUUGUCCCUGCUCUGCUCCAUGACACACAUUAACGCUGGAACAGGAAUAGAAAUUUUGAGCUCUAAGAAAAGAAAA